AUGCCGUCCAAAAACCCCGACGCCCGCUACGCGACCGUCUCGCCCACAGAUCGCUACGACGACUCCUCGGCGACCGAGGUCGACGAGUCCCUCAUGGGCGACGAAAAGCAGUGGCACUCGAUCGACCUGAGCGGCGAGCAGAGCACAAGAGGCCGCACGUGGAAGCGCGCCAAGGCCACCCUGCGGCGGCACCGGUGGCUGAUCGACACGCUGCUGCUGCUCACUAACAUCGGGCUCUCGCUGGGCCUGUCGCUGCUCAUGUACUACCAGUUCGAGGACGCAAAGUUCCCCGCGAGCUUGCGGCAGAUCGGCGGCGACUUCAGCGGCGCCGGUCCGCAGUUCCCGAUCAAGAUUCAAAAGUUCGAUGCCGACUACAAGUUCGUGCCGCCCAACGCCACUGAUUUCCUCUCCAAUUCCACGCUGGAUCAGUGGCGGUCUCUGUUGCCGGCCGGAGCCGGCUGGAAGUCCGAGGACGACGGGCCGUUCUUCACCACCACCAUGACGCACCAGCUUCAUUGUGUAUACAUGAUGGGAAUGAUCUACUCCGGCCUCACCACCAACAAGGUCGACAUGCUCACGCCCGACUACAACACCCACUUCUUCCACUGCAUAGACUACCUCCGACAGGCCGUCAUGUGUUCCGCCGACCUGGCGCUCGAGCCACAUCAUUCCACCGACGCCGACGACAACGGACCCGGCGACGGCAGCUGGAACGGCAUGCAUGUUUGCAAGGAUUACAGCCAGGUGGUGAAGUAUCUCGACCGCCAAAUAACGGAAGGGGUCCGCGUUGUUUUGCCCAUUGACGAUUAG